UUUUUCAUUACUCCAGACAACUUCCCUUCCGAUACUAUCCAGUCUCGUCCGCUACCCAGUACACCGACCCACGCUCAAUCUCCAGAUAUCGCUGGAUGGAACUCAACUGAAGAUGUCUGCGGUGGUGAUGAGCAUGAUCCUGAUCUGUUUGUGGUCCUCUACGACUUCAAUGGCGGAGUCGAGAACCAGCUCACGGUCAGAAAGGGUGACCAUGUCCGUAUCCUGGGCUACAACAAGGGUGGCGAGUGGUGUGAGGCCAAGAAACUCAAAAACGGCAAGACGGGCUGGGUGCCCGUGACGUACGUCACCCCUUUCAACAGCCUCGAGAAGCACUCCUGGUACCACGGCCCCAUCUCUCGCAAUGCGGCGGAAUACCUCCUCAGUAGCGGCAUCGAUGGCAGCUUCCUGGUCCGGGACAGUGAAAGCAGUCCCGGUCAUAGGUCAAUAUCCCUCCGUUUCGAUGGCCGGGUGUACCACUAUAGAAUUAGCAGUGGGUCGGAUGGAAAGGUAUUUGUCACGACGGAGAGCAAGUUCAGUACCAUCGCCGAGCUGGUCCACCACCACUGCAAGCAGUCGGACGGUCUGAUCACGACGCUGCGAUACCCCGCGGCCAAGAUGCAGAAGCCCAUCAUCUACGGGGUGUCGCCACUGCCAGACGAGUGGGAGAUCGAGAGGACGGAUAUCUCGAUGAAGAACAAGCUGGGCGGGGGACAGUACGGGGAGGUUUACGAGGCCAUCUGGAAGAAACAUAACAAGAUUGUUGCAGUCAAAACACUCAGGGAGGAGAAUAUGAGGGUGGAUGAGUUCCUAAGAGAAGCAUCCGUGAUGAAAAACAUCAAGCAUCCAAACUUGGUUCAGUUAUUAGGUGUAUGCACGAGAGAGCCCCCGUUCUACAUCGUGACGGAAUUCAUGCCCUAUGGUAACCUCUUGGAGUACUUGAGAGAUAACGAUGAGACCUCGCUGCCUGCCGUCACGCUGCUUUACAUGGCAACGCAGGUUGCGUUUGGCAUGAGCUACUUGGAGAAAAAUAGUUUCAUUCAUAGAGAUUUAGCAGCAAGGAACUGCCUAUUAGGUGAGCACCACCUACUAAAAGUAGCAGACUUUGGGCUUGCCAGGAUGGUCCAGGGGGAGAUCUACACGGCUCAGGCCGGGGCCAAGUUCCCCAUCAAGUGGACCGCUCCAGAGAGUCUGGCCUACUACAAGUUCUCAAGCAAGUCCGACGUUUGGGCCUUUGGUAUCCUACUCUGGGAGAUUGCAACGUACGGAUGUUCCCCGUACCCUGGGGUGGAUCUCCAGCACGUCUACGGCAAACUUGAGCAGGGCUACAGGAUGGAGAGACCAGAAGGCUGCCCGACGGACGUCUACAAGCUCAUGCUCAAGUGCUGGGAGUGGAGGCCCACCGAGAGGCCCUCGUUCUCUGAAAUUCAUGAAGAGAUGAACAACAUGUUCCAGAACAGCAGUAUCAGCGAAGAGGUGGAGAAGUCCCUGCACAGACGUGGCAAGGAUCCGCCUACCCUCCCGGCUAAGAAGAAGAGCAUCAGGCGAGGGCAGCAGACUAAUGAGAACGAGCCUCCGAGAGGCAAGGAAGCUCACACGAUUGUUGAUACAGUAAAAUCCUCAUCGCCACCGGCAUCGCCUGAGGUUUCAAGAAAGAAGCCAGCUUUCAUGAAGAAUCUUCGCAAGAAAGACACGCCCAAGAGAAAAGAUCAGGAGCGGCGGAACAGUUCCUCAGCCGAAGAUGAGCUGAAGCUUCUUUCCAGAGACCACCACAUGGACCACAAGAAUUCUCCAAUCCAUCGGAAAGAGAACGGAGUUCCCAAAAUGCUUGGUGAUAUCGUUGGACAUGAAUUAAAUUGUGUACUGCCUGGGACAUCACCUCCCGGUAAUAGUGGCUCAGAUGGCGUGCAUGACGGCUUUAACUCGGGCUUUGGCCCUCGGACAGCUCUAAGGCCGCCUGGUAGUGGAUUCGGGGGAGGGGAUGGGAAGAAGACAAAGCCAUCGAGAAUAGCGAAAGAACCUAAAAUAGAGAAAAAACCUAGUCUAGAGAAUAUCGCAGAUGCUAAUGAAUCGUACCCAAUCCCCAGAUCGCCCUCGAGUCCAACGUUAGAUCGUAAAAACAAGAACCCUGUUAUAAGAGAAGGAAAUGGAGAGGUGCAUGGACAUAUGGUAGGAAAACCUGCCUUUAAACCUCUUCCUGCAAAACCUAGUAAACCUAGCAACUGGCCAGAAAACGGUGGUCAUGACAGUUCAAAAGAGCCACUUGGGAAAACCAAGUCGCUACCAUUUUACCAAGAGCAAGUUGACCAAUUGGAAUCGCCGGACACGGACAAUUUCAAAGACCUGCCAACGUCUCCAACGGGUCGUAGUCGAGACAAACGAAAAGACAUUGUGAGACCGUCUGUCCCUCCUCCUGCCCCGCCUCCUGCUAGAUUAGCUAGUCCUGUUGAAUCCCCAACCACCCCUAGCCCCAGGGGUUCCCCCUCAAGGUCGUUCUUGAACAGUAAGCCUCAGAUUAAAGGGGCCAAACCCCAAAUCAAAGGACCAAAGCCAAUCAUUACCAGCCCCAAACCUGAAAUUACCAUCCCAAGGUCAUCGCCCAACGUGAGUCCCGGUGUCAAGUUACGCCCCGAGAAGCGCGCAUCGGCAAGAAAGCGUGGCAAUUCACCGAUCAAGAAUGAUUCUUCCGGACAGGGUGGAAAGGCUGAAGUCCUACAGAUGGCCGAAAUGCUGUACGCUCAGACAAACAUGCUCAUCCAGAACGGCGAAUACAGCAAAUAUAGCGGCGAACUUUGCUCAGAGUUGGACAACUUCUUCAAGCAGUGCACCAAGCACGUAGAUUCUGUCAUGGUCAAGGCACGCUUCUCGUUCCGGGAAAUUUUGAACUCUCUGGAGUCAAACACAAAGUCGCUGAGAGUCCGUUGGUCUUCCGCUUCCAGCAGUGAACUGGAAAGAAUAGUUAAGGACUUGCAUACAAACGUGUCUGACAUUCGUGGCAUCGUUCAGCGGUAGCUUGAGAGUGCAUCUCUUUGAUUGGACACAGCCAGUUGCAACUCAGUCGAUCAUCUACCGAUAUUAUGUAUGGGUGAUGAAUAGAAACACGGCCAGAAAUGGAAUAUCGUGUGAAAUGUUAUUUGUAGAUAAUUGAAAUGUUACACUUCUGAUGCAAUCAUACUGCCCCUGUACUGAAAAAAAUCUUACAUUUUUUUCUUUCUUGACAAGGUGAUUUAAGAUAUUGAUCAGGAAUUCUGCUGCAGAUAUUUGAUCUUACUAAGAAAUAACUACUUGAAAGCAACAUAUGAGCCAGAGGAAUGUUAAAAGAUACUAUCGGCAGAAUUGUGUGACAUGACAACUCAAAGGUAUUUGAAGUAGGUGCAAAAUGUGAUGCAGAGUUCAUCGAUUGAUGUUAUUAUCAGCAUGAGGACAGUUUGUAAUAUUGCUCAUACUUAAAUUGAUCCUAUGCCAUCAAUCCUUCAUUUGAGGUAUCAGAAUAUAUCCUAAACAAUGUCAGAUGAAAAUGUGAAUGCUUUUACAUGUAGCUGCGUUAUGAAAAGCCAAUUGUCCUUCAUAUUCACAGUCUCGUAGAAGAUCCAUAUUGGUAGGCAUAAUUAUUAUCAUACAGAUGUGGUUGUUGAGAGUUGUUCUGACUUUCUGCUACAUGUACGUUGACCUAUUAGUUGGUGCAAAAUUGGCCAAUCUUCAUUGUUGGUGUUGGUGUUUGGAGGGCUUUAAAGGCUUCUGGACUGAACCUUAAAACAUUGAAUGAAUAAGUUGUCAACCAUUCGGAUACAGUAAUCUGUUAUUCCUAUAGGCCCCUAUUCUGAAGUCCUGGUCUGAUUUAGGCUAUGGUCUAACUGAUAUCCUGAGAAGCCGAAAAAUGUCAAAAUUGAUUAACGUUGUGUGUUCCUUAUAAACUAGGCUCUUUCAUCAAGCUGUAAUGAUGAAAAAGACUAUUGUCAUGAUUCUCUGAAACUUAAUUGAAAAAUGAUUGGAGUGUCAAGUUAGCUGAUAAAUUGAACCAAUAUUUUGUAUUUGUUACAAAUGGCUAUCCAUAAUUAAACCACAAAUUUAGACCAGAGUUUUGAUAAAACGUACUUAACAAUACGGACCUUAGACUUCUACAGACACCACUUGGAUCUUGUAGACAACCAGUUAACAAAAUUCAUACUAAUCAUGUGUGCUUAUUGCUAAAAAAAACAUGAUAUAAUGGCAAUCCCAGCACUAGCCUCAUUUUGAGUUCGGUGUCACAGCUGGUGCUUGUUUGGCAUCAACUUAAACACCAACUUCAACACCAAUCGUGAAAUCACCCAUUAUGUUAAUUGUUGAAUUGAAAAUGUUGGUGUUAACUCAAACAAAUUUGGGUGUUUCUAAUUCUUGGCCCAACACCAAAUUUAGAUUUGUACAAAUACUGAUCCAAUUAUUGCCAAAUCAGCAUCAAGUUUAUACAUCUAUCUGAGAGGUAGACUCAUUUCAAGUUUUGUGUUAGAACUUGUACUUGCGUGACAAUAAACACCAAACUAUAAAAGAGCUGCUAUUGAAACUACAUGUAGUAUUGAUUUUCAGUAUUUAGUAAUGAAAAAUUAGAAGGAUGCUGAUGGUUUCGUAAGAAAUACGAAUUUCUAUAGUUCCAUUUUCAUGUUUUGUCCCAUGGUAUUUCCUUAAAAAUACUGAUUUUCAGAUGUUCUUGUUCAGGUUAGCAGCUUUGCUAUAAAUUACCCAUUUUGUCUGCAGUUGGGAAAAUAUGCAGAAGAUAUUAAUGUGGGCUGAAUGUGAAUCUAAUGUAUCUGAUCUGACAUUGAUUUUUACUUGCCAAAUUAAAAAAAAAUCAUAUAUUCUAAAUUUUAAGCACUCUAUAAAAAGUCUUUUCUAUGCAAUCAUCUUUUAAAGCUUUCACUUGAUUUUCAGAAUAGAUUGAGUGUUUAUAUUUGGUAAGAAGCUUUAGAGGAUACAAAAAACACAUCAUUGCCUUGUAAAUUAAUUUUUCAUUAACACGAUUAAAGCUAGAAAAUGAGAUCAGGGCCCAAAUACACUCUAAAAAGUGAAAGGUUGGAUAGGGGUAAAGAAAGCACCCUUUAAAAGGGCAGAGGAGUGAAAGUUUUUUUUUAAGGGUGGAAAACGCUGUACUCUGCACUUU